UCCGCUGUGGCGACCCCUGAUGAACAAGGGAAAAUGUAUGAGUGAACUUAACAAUAGGUGAACUCAUGUUUCUAAGUAGCUGCAUGAUGUUUUUAUACAGUGUGAGGUGAAAACACCCCGGUAUGAAUUAUUGAUUUCGGCUUCCGUUCACCAUCUGGCUGUGUCAUUAUUACAGAGAUCACACACUGUCGAGGGAAGGAAGACAGAGAGUUAAAAAGGAAAAUGAAUAAUAGAUAGAGUCCACAGAGAUGACAUGCAGAGGAGGAAACCUAGACUGAGAGCAAAUAUCCAGCUUAGGUCUCAUGAAGAGAGCAGUUCAUCUGUUUAAGACGAGCGCAGGUGAUCCUCAGGAUGGUGUAGGGCACUAAGAAGUGUGCGAGAAUGACGAGUCGGCAUCCGUGUUUCUAUCGAGUUCCUCCACAGGAGUUACACAGGAGAAACACCGUCACGGACACCACACAGACCAAAGUCCUCAACACCGUCAUCAGUGUGAAGAGAACAACACCAGCUUUGUGUUAUGAGCCUGACUUCAUAUGGAAGGACACCAAAAUCACAGCGCUGGAGAGGAAUAUUCGAGACCUGGAGGACGAGAUCCAGACCAUGAAGAGCAAUGGCCUGGUGCAGACAGACAGCCAUGGAGAAGAGUUCAGGCAGAUGGAGGUCUACAAGAACCACUCCAAGUUCAUGAAGAACAAGAUUGAUCUGCUGAAACAGGAAGUGGUCAAGAAAGAGUCUGAGCUGAUGGCGCUGCAAACCAAGCUGGACACGCUGACCAAUCAGAACUCAGACAGCAAAAAGCACAUCGAGGUGCUGAAGGAGUCGCUGACGGCCAAAGAGCACAGAAGCUGCAUCCUUCAGACUGAGGUGGAGGCUCUGCGUCUGCGUGUGGAGGAGCGAGAGUCUUUCCUCAACAAGAAGAACAAGCAGAUCCAGGAUCUGAUCGAGGAGAAGGCCACGCUGAGCAGCGAGAUCUGCGACCUGAAGGACAUGCUGGACGUCAAAGAGAAGAAGAUCAGCAUCCUGCAGAAGAAGCUGGAGAAUCUUGCGCAGCAGCUGAAGGAGCGAGACACUCAGCUGGUCAGUCUGGAGCUCAGAGUGUCGUCUCUGCAGGCAGACUCCAGUAACACCGACUCGGCUCUGAUCACACUGGAGGAGGCUCUGUCACAGAAGAUUGAAGAGGCAGAAAUGCAGAAGAAUGAGAAUAAUGAGCUGAAAAGCAAGCUGGCCUCUCUGCAGCAGCGUCUGUCUGAAAAGCAGGCGUGUGAUUCUGAUCGUGUGUCCGGCUGGAGUCCGGAUCUCUCUGAGCGACUGCAGAUCCUCCAGACAGAAGCAUCUGGUCAUCAGGAGGAGCUGCAGAAGUCCCACAGCGAGCUGCAGAGAGUGACGGAUCUGCUGCGGGACCUGCAGUCUGAGCGCCUGCAGCAGGACAACAGGAUCAUCCAGAUGGAGAGACAACUGAAGGAGCAGAGCCAGAAGCAGUCUGUGAGUCCAGGCCAAGCAGGAGAAACCAGCCCUAACACUCAGAGACAGCUGGACGAUCUGCUGUCGGCUUUAGACAAAACCCGGAAAGAGCUGGAUGUGGUGCGUCAGCGUCUGUCGGUGUCUCAGAGCUCUCUGUCAGAGCGGGAUAAUGAGCUGAGCCGGAUACGAGCCGAGCACAGCAAACAGCUCUCCGAGAUCCUGCAGCUCAAAAACAUGUCGAGCCCUGAGGACGUGAUGACCUUGAGGAGGGAGAAGGAGAGGUUCAUCAAUCACCAAAAACAGGUGCACAGCAGGAUGAAGCCGAUGGCCGAGCAUUAUGAAGACGAGCACAUUCAUGCACAGUAUUCACAUCAUCCUCAACACAUGCAGGAGCGCGAGCCGAUCUCUCCACCACCAGAACAGGAUGAAGAGGAUGGUAUAUGGGCUUGACGAACCUGAAACUGCUCCAAAAGUAUCUGGAGCAACCCAGAUGGAGGACUGGAGAAGCUCUUUGAGUGCUUUAGUUCUGUGCAUUAAAAACUCUGGCUCAUCUGAUUACACGGUGGCGGAUUGGGGAAGGAGAAACCUGCCAUCUUCUGUGCCAUCCACAUCUACAUUUGUGCAUUCAGCAGAAAACCUUUACAAAGAAGAAACUAAAACAAUUCAGAAAGUCUGGUCCUCUCCAGGAGUAUUUGGAUUCUGCUUAUAUAUUGUUCGUUCCUUGAAGGGCUCUGUUAAACAGGCCAACAAGAGACCAAUAACAGAUAUUAUCCCUCUUCAUUUCACAAACGGCUCUCUUAAACAUCUACAACUAGUGAAACUGAUUAGGUAAAAACUAUGAAACCUGUUCAUUGAUUCACCACUGGGGGGCAAUCUAGUUUAACCUGCACAUCCAUGUACAACAGGGGUGCCCAAACUCGGUCCUGGAGGGCCGGUGUCCUGCAUAUUUUACUUCCAACUCCAAUUAAACCAGCUAAUCAAGCUCUUUCUUAUACUAGAAACAUCCAGGGAGGAUGUAUAAACUAUGCAGAAUGCCAGCCCUCCAAGACCGAGUUUAGACACCCCUGUACAACAAUACCCUGCUGAAAGA